GGCAGCUCCAGUAUUUCCUCCGACCUGAGUUCAAGUACGGAUCAGACGUCAACCAAAGCUCCCAAGAAUGCAGCUACCAGCGAAGAUUCGGACCUGAGCAUGCGGACAUUGAGCACCCCCAGCCCUGCUCUCAUCCUUCCUCCUCACCUCCACCCUCUCUCUCCUCUCAUCCCCCCGUCGGCCCCCUUCAACAGCUCCUCCUCCACCUCCUCCUCUGAGACGGUUGCCAUGGUGCACGCCACCUCCCCUCCCCCUCUCUUCUCCGCCACCCACUCGCGCCGCCGCGCCAACCGGGACCACCACCAGGGGGCAUCGGUGCCCAUCGACCUAUUGCCGGACCACAUCUUCCUGGACGUCUUUGCCCGCCUGCCCACCAACCAGCUGUGCCGUUGCGCCCGCGUCUGCCGCCGCUGGUACAACCUGGCGUGGGAUCCCCGGCUGUGGCGGAGCAUCCGGCUGACGGGAGAUGUGCUCCACGUCGACCGGGCUUUGCGGGUACUGACGCGGCGCCUCUGCCAGGACACGCCCAACGUGUGCCUGAUGCUGGAGACCCUGGUGGCGAGCGGGUGCCGGAGGUUGACGGACCGCGGGCUGCUCACGGUGGCCCAGUGUUGCCCCGAGCUGCGCCGCCUGGAGGUGGCGGGCUGCUAUAACGUGUCCAAUGACGCCGUGUUCGAGGUGGUGUCGCGCUGCCCUAACCUGGAGCAUCUAGACGUUUCAGGCUGCUCCAAGGUGACCUGCAUCAGUCUGACGCGGGAGGUCUCCCUUAAACUAUCGCCAAUGCACGGCCAGCAGAUCUCCAUCCGCUACCUGGACAUGACUGACUGCUUGGCCCUGGAGGACGAAGGCCUGCACACCAUCGCCGCCCACUGCACCCAGCUCACCCACCUCUACCUGCGGCGCUGCAUGCGCCUCACCGACGAGGGCCUUCGCUACCUGGUCAUCUACUGCCCCGCCGUGCGCGAGCUCAGCGUCAGCGACUGCCGCUACGUCAGCGACUUCGGCCUGCGCGAGAUCGCCAAGCUUGAAGGCCGGUUGCGCUACUUGAGCGUGGCGCAUUGUGGGAAGAUCACUGACGUCGGGGUUCGGUAUGUCGCUAAGUAUUGCUCACGGCUGCGAUACCUGAACGCGCGGGGCUGCGAGGGCCUCACGGACCAUGGCCUGGAGUACCUGGCCAAGAGUUGCCCCAAGCUAAAGUCGCUGGACAUCGGAAAGUGUCCGCUGGUGUCGGAUGCAGGCCUGGAACUGCUGGCGCUCAACUGCUUCAAUCUGAAGCGGCUGAGCCUCAAGUCGUGCGAGAGCAUCACGGGCCGCGGGCUGCAAGUGGUGGCGGCCAACUGCUUCGACCUGCAGCUGCUCAACGUGCAGGACUGCGACGCGCCUCUGGACGCACUGCGCUUUGUGAAGCGCCACUGCAAGCGCUGCGUCAUCGAGCACACAAACCCGGCCUUUUUCUGAGGAGAUGGAGGGGGGGGGGAUGGGCUACAAACUGAAGCCCGUAUCCCACACCUACACGUAAUGUAAUAUGCACAUGACAAUCUAUCAUAGUUGUUAUUAUAGCACUCAUAAGACUGUUUUUAAGUUAUUUUUUUUUCUCUCCCUAUUCCCUCACUACAAACUGUUUCCCAACUUUCAAAAAUGUAUGUUUUAAGAACAUAUUUUAAUUCUAAAGGGAUCAGUUUAAAGCAGAUGACUGCUGUAAGUAUAUAAUAAAACACUAGUGUAUAUUCAUUUGAAAGGAACAACUGUAAUAGCAUGAAAAACUCAGCUCUAGUGCUUUCUCACUAUCUUUCUCCCUAUCUUUCUCCCUAUCUUUCUCCCUAUCUUUCUCCCUAUCUU